AUGGCCGUCUCCGCUACUGCCUUCCAGCGCAAGUUCCUUUUGGAACGCGUGACUGUCGACAGACCAGGAUCAAGCCCGUGUUUGAGCUCGUCCACGUCAGCAACCCCUCUCCGACGAGCAUCGCCCGUUGCGCAGGUCCCCUCGCCUUCCGCCAACUCCGCGUCGUCCGCGGGUUCGCCGCUCGCAGCGAGCUCCGCGCAUCCCGCGACGGUAUCCGCGCCGUCGCCGCGCAUCACCCUGCAUUCCGGUCUCGCGAGCUCAUCGCAACACCACGUGAAUGGCUCAGCCGUCGGUUCUUCGGCGCGCUUCUCUGCGUCUUCCGCCUCCCCCUCUUCCGCCUGCGCCACUGAACUGGCGGACGACCUCUUCACCGCCGCGACUACUCGAGCAGCAGCGGCGGAAGCCCUUGCGCUCGCGCGCGCAGCGCUAGCCGUUGCGAAGGAAGCCGCGGAGCUGUCGUUAUCGGAGGAGGCGAUGGGCCUUUAUGACGACGACGGUGACGACGAAUACGGGUUACCACAGGAGAGCUCGUUAAUCCAGCCGUCCCCGGUCGAACCUUCCCCCUUCCAACCGUUCUCAACCCAGCCGUACGCCCGGCUUCCACAUGACUAUCUUCCCCAGGAACCUCCGCACCCGGAUGACCGUAUCUUAUCUGCGGUAGAUCGGACGGCCCAGGGUAGGUCGCCAAGGGCAAGUCUUAACGAUCAGCCGCACGCCGUCAAACGCACCGCGAAGCCGAUUCGCGAAAGGAGGGCGGCGCGACGGGCAGGCGGGGCGCCAGGGGAAGGGAAGGCGGAGGAAGGCAGUUUGGCGCAAGCAGUUGGCGGGGGGGAUGUGAGCGGGGAGGAUGCGCACCCUGCGGAGAUUGUCAUGUGGGCGGAAGACGCCGCGUACCACGGGCUAGAGCGCGCACUGGAAGACGGCGCGCGGGAAGCCGAGCGGAAGGCGGACCGGGAGGGGGAAGCAGAGCGGAAGCCGAAGCGCGUGGUGGUGCGCUCGCAGAAGAAGGGCAAGCGCCUCGCGGAGCGCGAAAAGUCCCUGCAGCAGCGCCAGGCCGCGUCAGCCGCCGCCGCCGCCGCCACCGCGGCGGCUCCCGCGGGGAGAAGGAAGCCGGCGGCGGAAGGGCCGGCGCUCGCGCUGGGGGAGGAGGAGUCGGAGGCGGAAGAUGCGGUCGUGGCGGAGGGGUACAGGCGGGCGGCGAAUGAAUCGGUUUUCGCGAUGUUCGACACUGCGGGUGGUAACCCUCGGCUGUUGUCAGUCCAGGAGGAAAUCGAUCUCUCCAAGGGCGUUCAGGUGCUGCUGAAGCUGGAGCGCAUGCGGGAGGCGCUAGAGGAAAAGCUGCUCCGCGCGCCGACCCGCGCGGAGUGGGCGCAGGAGGCGGGGCUGUCCGUCGCGGAGGUGCAGGCGCGGGUGGCGUGGGGGAAGGAGUGCAAGCAGCGCAUGAUCGCCUCGAACAUGCGACUUGUGAUUUCCGUUGCGAAGAAAUACACGACGCGCGGGUUGUCGCUGGAGGAGCUUAUAACGGAGGGGUGCAUGGGUCUUAUGAAGGGGGUGGAGAAAUUCGACCACAGCAAGGGCUUUAAGUUCAGCACGUACGCGCAUUGGUGGAUCCGCCAGGCGAUCAGCCGCUCCGUCGCGGAGCAGAGCCGCAUCGUGCGACUGCCGGCCCACAUAUACGAGCUGGUGUCGCGCAUCAACCGCGCCAAGGCCAUGCUGACGGACGCGCUGGGUCGCGCGCCGGCGGAGCGGGAGGUGGCGCAGCUUGUGGGCAUCACGCGGGGCAAGCUGCGCAGCAUCAUGCGCACCGUGCGCGCGCCCACCUCCAUGGACCGCCCUAUUGCCUCGGACGACGGGGACGAGACCCUCGGGGUGAGUAAGGGGAGGAUUGGAGUCAGUCAGGCCGCUAUUGCCCUGUUGGGGAAAGGGGAAGAGCACGCACUGCAAGCUGCGCAGCAUCAUGCGCACCGUGUGCGCGCCCACCUCCACGGACCACCCUAUCGCCUCAGACGACGGGGACAAGAUGCUCGGGACACGAUCCUGGAGGACCCAGAGGACAUGAUCAUGCACCAGCUGAUGCGCAAGAAGUUACUAAGUAAAUGCACCUUCGUUUCUCUUAUGCCUCCCCCCCAUCCUCCCCAGGCGUUUGUUGCCGACACGACUCUGGAGAACCCUGAGGACAUGAUCAUGCAGCAGCUGAUGCGCAAGGACCUCGAGAACGCGCUGCACACGCUGACGCCGCGCGAGAGGGAGGUGAUGUGGCACCGGUACGGGCUGGACGACGGGCGCGUGAAGACCCUGGAGGAGCUGGGGUCGCUGUUCCGCGUUACAAGGGAGCGGGUGCGGCAGAUUGAGGGCAAGGCGCUACUGAAGCUGAGGCAGCCGGGGAGGAGCAGCGCACUUAAGAGCUACAUUGAUGGGCAUGCGCUGUAG